AGCUGCGGCAGGAGCCGGAGACAUGAGGCGCGAGAGGCGGCGGAGGCUGGCGCUGCUCGCCCUGCUGCUGCUGGCGGGCUACCUGGUGCUGAGAUUCCGCGUUUUCGACUCUUUCCUGUUCAGAAUGCUGAGCCGACGCUCGGGGCUGCAAGCGGACGAGUCCCAGUUUAUCCUGGAUGGGACCCCGAUCAGGAUCCUGGGGGGCUCCAUGCACUAUUUCCGAGUUCCAGAGGCCCAAUGGAAAGACCGCAUGUUAAAAAUGAAAGCUUGUGGAUUAAAUACACUCACUACGUAUGUACCCUGGAACCUGCACGAGCCAAGAAGAGGGAAGUUUGAUUUCUCGCGGAACCUCGACCUCGGGGCAUUUCUAGAAACAGCAGCCGAUGUUGGACUGUGGGUCAUAUUAAGACCAGGACCCUACAUUUGUGCAGAGUGGGAUCUUGGAGGAUUGCCGAGCUGGUUAUUACGGGACAAGGACAUGCAGCUCCGGACCACUUAUAAAGGCUUUGCGGAUGCAACAGAGGCCUACUUUGACAAGCUGAUCCCAAAGGUGCUUUACUAUCAGUACACGAAGGGUGGGCCAAUCAUCGCCGUGCAGGUGGAGAACGAAUACGGAUCGUACGCCAUGGACUCCAAUUACAUGGAAUUUAUAAAGACAGCUCUCGUACGCAGAGGGAUCGUGGAACUUUUACUGACCUCCGAUAACAAAGACGGAAUCAGCUCCGGGAGUAUGGAAGGAGUUCUGGCCACCAUCAACUUUCAGAAGAUCGAGCCCAUUCUCUUCUCGUAUCUGGACUCCAUACAGAGUAACAAGCCGGUCAUGGUGAUGGAGUUUUGGACAGGCUGGUUUGACCACUGGGGAGGCGAUCAUCAUGUCUUUGAUGUUGAUCAAAUGAUUUCCACGGUGUCUGACGUCCUGAAGAAAGGAGCUUCUAUUAAUCUCUACAUGUUCCAUGGUGGCACCAACUUUGGCUUCAUGGCUGGAGCGCUUCACUUCCACGAAUACCGGGCUGAUGUCACCAGUUAUGAUUACGACGCUCCGCUGACCGAGGCCGGAGACUACACCACAAAGUAUUUCAGAUUGCGAGAGCUCCUGAGCGAGUUUCACGACGAGCCUCUUCCUCCGGCUCCUGUUCUGUAUCCAAAAGCCACGUACGGGUCGGUGGAGCUGAAACGCUGCCUGUCCCUCUGGGAUGUUUUGGAGUUUACAGGCGAGCCGUUCAGAUCAGCGGAGCCGGUGAACAUGGAGAACCUCCCCGUGAACGAUGGGAACGGGCAGUCGUACGGCUACACGCUCUACGAGGCCGUUAUAUACGGAGGAGGGAGGUUUCACACCAGGGGGAACGUACGCGAUAGAGCCCAGGUGUUUGUGAGCACCCAGUCCGUCGGAUCGGUUGACUAUAAAAAUCAGGAACUGACUAUCCCUGAGGUGCCAGGAUACAGGAAAUUGCAAAUAUUGGUGGAGAACUGCGGACGGGUCAACUAUGGGAACAAAUUAAAUGACCAGCGUAAAGGGCUUGUGGGUGAUGUGUUUCUAAGAGACAUCCCUCUGAGGAACUUCAAGAUCUACAGCCUCGACAUGAAUAACACCUUCAUCAGCAGUCUGGACACUUUUCGUUGGUCGCAGCUGUUGGAAGAGAAGAAGGGCCCCGUGUUCUAUCAGGGUUCUCUGCACGUCCGAAGUGCCCCACAAGACACCUUCCUCAGGAUGAAGGGAUGGAAGAAAGGAAUAGUCUUCAUAAACGGGAGGAAUUUGGGGCGAUAUUGGGAUAUUGGACCCCAAGAGACCCUUUAUGUACCAGGAAGCUGGAUACUGCCAGGGGUAAACGAGGUCACCAUAUUCGAAGAGUACGAAGCCGGCCCUUCUCUGUACACGGUGGAAACUCCUUUCCUUGGCAGAACGCAGUAUGUGGAUUAGCGGCGCUUUGCC